ACUGUUAGAAACAGUUUCGCGAAGCCCACAUCCAGAACAUACCCUGGUAUGUUCCGUGGCCCGCAUUAAUAAUAUGUACUACAUAAAAUUCUUUUACAACUCUAUGGUUCAAUGAUUGAUAUUCUUUCACAUGGAUUAUUUUGAAUAAAAUUUUGUUUUAAAUUGAAUUAUCCUUGUUGGCAAAAUAGACAAACUAUUUGUGAAACAAACUACCGUUACAAAAAUGGAAUAAAAUUGAAAUGGAAUAAUCGAUUUUUCUAUGCUGUUUGAUUUUCUAAAAAAGGGAAUGGCAACGUCACUUGUCAACUUUUUGGAUAAAUCAUAGAAUUUAAUGACGUUUGUGAUGUAGAAAGACUUAAAAUAUUUGAAAUAUUUUCAAUAGAAUCACGAUGAUCAAAAAUGUAACAUAUACUAUUUUCAUUAUAUUUUACAUUAUUUUCAAAGUACGAGCUCUACCAGAUGAAGGAAAGUGGAAUGAAAAUUUAUCAUCGGGAUACAACAAUAUAUUUCUGUCUAAAAGUUUAUAUAAGGGUGCGGAAAUCUUAAUCGGAAUAAAUUGUGAUUCCCAAAUUCAAAAUUCAAAAAUCGGCAUAAGUUUAGUUAUCAUUCAGUCCAUCUGUUUCGAUAUUAAAGAUGCUCUCAACAAAAUUAAACAGGAAAUCACCUUACCCCCCUCAGAUAGUAAAAACUCUUCUAAAAUUUACCAUACUAGUGAAAUAUAUGAUUGUAAUGAUAAAAUUUUCAUCAAAGAAAACACUGCCACAACUUCUGCACCAAAGAAUCAUACCAGCAAACAACCUGUGCAUAAAAUAAGCCAUGAUGGUGUGUACGUUCUUGCUCUUAAAGUUAGCACAAAUACUUCUCGAUACAGUGUAGGAGUUCAUAUAGAAAUGAAAAAUGAUUAUGGUUAUCUCUCUGCUGCAGAUUGGCCCUUACUGCCAUUUUAUGGGUUUAUGUGUAUAUAUUACGUCAUUUUGGGAGUAAUAUGGUUAAUACUAUCAUUUUUACAAUGGAGAGACCUUUUAAGAGUUCAGUUUUGGAUUGGAGGGGUUAUAUUAUUGGGAAUGUUAGAAAAAGCAACUUUCUAUGCAGAAUUUCAAAGUAUAAAUAACACCGGAGUUAGAGUACAAGGAGCUAUGCUGUUUGCAGAAUGGAUAUCUUGUGCAAAAAGAACUCUAGCCCGUAUGCUUGUUGUCAUUGUAAGUCUAGGUUUUGGUAUUGUUAAACCUAGACUGGGUGCAACUUUGCAUAGGGUGGUUGGUGUUGGACUUUUAUACUUUUUUCUAGCUGCAUCAGAAGCUUAUCUGAGAAUAACUAAGGCAAAAACUGAUAGUAAUAGAGAUAUGUUAGUGGCUUCUGUACCUUUGGCAGUAUUAGAUUCUGCUAUUUGUUGGUGGAUAUUCUCUGCUUUAGUAAAUACUACAAGAACUUUACGAUUGAGGAGGAAUGAAACUAAAUUAACUCUUUACAGACAUUUCACCAAUACUUUAAUAUUCUCAGUAUUGGCAUCUGUUUGUUUCAUGUUAUAUUGUAUCAAAGAUCACCGCUUUGUUGAAUGUUUAGUUGUUUGGAAAGAUAUCUGGAUCGAAGAAGCUUACUGGCAUAUUCUUUUCUCUGUAUUAUUGUUAGUAAUAAUGAUAUUAUGGAGGCCAACAAAUAAUAAUCAGAGAUAUGCUUUUGUUCCACUUCUGGAUACUGGUGAUGAUACAGAAGAAGAAGAACAGCUUGUUAAUGAUGCUUAUGGUAUUAAAGUUAGAGUACAUCAUCCUAAGAAUAACGCACCUCAGAGAACUUCAAUUGACGAUGAUCUCAAAUGGUUGGAAGAUAAUGUUAAAAGUGAUCCAGCCCUACCUAUUUUAGAUUCAGAUGAAGAACUUGUUAAUACAAGAUUUGAAGUAUCCAAGAUGCAGUAAAUCUAUCGACCUUUAGGUACUUAUUUAUUUGAAUUAAGUUGAUUGUGCAGAAAAGACUGACAAUUAUCCAACUUUUAAAUAUUUGUAAAUCUAUAAGAGAGGAUAUGUAAAUUGUAAAUACAUGAGAAUAUUUUCUCGAGAAAAUUUUAUUAUAUCAAUAAUUCGUUAUAUCAGAAUACAAAAAAUAAA